AACUAGUGCCUGCCUGGUGGUACUCACAGGCAUGGAGCUUCCUGCAGACCUAGUGGCUUACUUCAGGUUUUAUUGCUUUGGCCACCGAGGAGGAAUGCUUGCCCCAAAUGGUUACUGUCUUGAAUAGUUGUUGAGUGAAAGUUUGAACCUGUGGAAUCUAGUCAUGGCAACUGUUUUAAUGUCUUUGACACUAAUUCCAACAUCGGUGUCACUUCUGGAUGGAGUUUCGCUCUUGUUGCCCAGGCUGGAGUGCAAUGGCAAGAUCUUGGCUCACUGCAACCUCCACCUCCCGGGUUCAGAGCCUGGGAUUACAGGUAUGCGUCACCAUGCCCAGCUAAUUUUUUGUAUUAUUAGCAGAGACUGGGUUUCUCCAUGUUGGUCAGGCUGGUCUUGAACUCCUGACCUCAGGUGAUCGGCCUGUUUUGGCCUCUCGAAGUGCUAGGAUUACAGGCGUUAGCCACCAAUCCCAGAGAAAAAAAAUUGUUUUUUUUUUAUUUAGAGAUGGGGGUUUCACCAUGUUGGUCAGGAGGCUGGUCUCAAACUCCUGACCUAGUGAUCCACCCACCUUGGCCUCUAAAAGUGCUGGGAUUACAGGUGUGAGCCACCUGGCCAAAAAAUUUUAAAAAAUACUAUCCAGUUGAGGUGUCAUGAGCCUGUGGUCCCAGCUACUCAGGAGGCUGAGGUGGGAGGAUCAACUGAGUCCUAGAAUUCAAGGCUGCAGUGAGCCACGUAUGAGCCACUGCACCCCAGCCUGUGAGACAGCCAGACCCUGUCUCUUAAAAAAAGUUAAAAAAAAGUAUUGAGGAUCUCAGAAAGCUUUUCUCAUGUGGGAUAUACCUGUUGACAUAUAUAGGAUUACAAAUUAACACACACACACACUCACCCCAAAGAAAAAAAAGCAGGUAGGCGCAGUGGCGCAUGCCUGUAAUCCCAGCACUUUGGGAGGCUGAGGCGGGCAGAUGACAAGGUCAGGAGUUUGAGACUAGCAUGGUCAACACAGUGAAACCCGUCUCUAUUAAAAAUACAAAAAUUAGCUGGGUGUGGUGGCAGGUGCCUGUAACCCCAGCUACUUGGGAGGCUGAGGCAGGAGAAUCAUCUGAACCUGGGAGGCAGAGGUUGUGGUGAGCCAAGAUCAAGCCAUUACACUCCAGCCUGGGCAACAAGAGAGAAACUCCAUCUCAAAAAAAAAAAAAAGAAAGAAAGAGAGAAAAAAAGGCUGGGCACAGUGGCUCAUACUUGUAAUCCCAGCACUUUAGGAGGCCGAGAUAACAGGAUUGCUUGCAUCCAGGAAUUUGAGACCAGCCUGGGAAACAGAGUGAGACCCACCAACUCUUUUUGUUUUUUUGUUUGAGACAGAGUCUCACUCUGUCUACCAGGCUGGAAUGAAGUGGUGUGAUUACAGCUCACUGCAGCGUUGCCUCCCUGGGCUCAGGUGAUCCUCCCAUCUCUGCCUUCUGAGUAGCUGUGACUGCAGGUGUGCACCACCACUCCUGGCUAAUUUUUGUAUUCCUUGUAGAGACAGGAUUUCACCAUAUUGCCCAGGCUGGUUUCAAACUCCUGCACUCAAGCCAUCUGCCUGCCUCGGUCUCCCAAAGUGCUAGGAUUAAAGUCAUGAGCCACCACACCCCGCGAGACCCCAUUUCUUCUUUUUUUUUUUUUGAGACGGAGUUUUGCUCUUGUUACCCAGGCUGGAGUGCAAUGGUGUGAUCUUGGCUCACCGCAACCUCCGCCUCCUGGGUUCAGGCAAUUCUCCUGCCUCAGCAUCCUGAGUAGCUGGGAUUACAGGCACGUGCCACCAUGUCCAGCUAAUUUUUAGUAGAGACGGGGUUUCACCAUGUUGACCAGGAUGGUCUCAAUCUCUUGACCUCGUGAUCCACCCGCCUCGGCCUCCCAAAGUGCUGCGAUUACAGACGUGAGCCACUGCACCCGACCUGAGACCCCAUUUCUACAAAAGAAUACAAAAAUUCACUGGAUAUGGUGGUGUGUACCUGUAGUCCUAGCUAAUUGGCAGGCUGAGGCAGAAGGAUCCCUCAAGCCCAGGAGGUGGAGGCUGCAGUGAGCUAUGACUGAAGGCACCACAGCCUUUGUGACAGAGCGAGACUUCUCUCUUAAAAACAAAACAAAACAAAAAGGCUGGGCAAAGUGGCUCACACCUGUAAUCCCAGCACUUUGGGAGGCUGAGGUGGGUGGAUCACCUGAAGUUAGGAGUUCCAGACCAGCCUGACAAACAUGGAGGAACUCUAUUUCUACUAAAAAUACAAAAUUAGCUGGGUGUGGUGGCGCAUGCCUGUAUUCUCAGCUACUCGGGAGGCUGAGGCAAAAGAAUUGCUUGAACCCAGGAGGCAGAGGUUGCAGUGAGCAGAGAUCAUGCCACUGUCCUCCAACCUGGGCAACAAGAGAGAAACUCCAUCUCAAAAAAAAAAAAGAGAGAUCAGGGUCUUUUGAGUGUGGGUUUCUACUGAAUAUUGGACAUGUGGAGCUGAGGGCCAUGGUGGAGCACUCCAGGCAGAAUCGGGGCUGGGGAGCUGGUUCUGGGGCGCUUCCGAAGCCUGGUGGCUCUGGCGGUGCCCUGGGUGGCAGAGCCCCAAGGCGGGACCCGUGUCCCCGGUGCAGCCUGACACCAGCAGCUGCAGCAUUUGCCGCUCGUGGGCCUGAUCUCACUGACCAAAAGCUCAUGCUCUGCAUGAGCAAAGGAAAGGAUGCAAGAAAGUGGGGCGGAGGCAGCUGACCUGCAGGAACAAGCCUGUGAAGCCGCAGAAGGGGAAACGCAGUUAGGAAGGAGGAUUGGCUCCAGGAAGUGUUACUGGGUGGGCACGUGUAUGGUGAUACUAGCAAGAGUGAGAUCAGCUGGAGGUGGGAAGGCCUGGACCAGAGCAGCAGCAGAAGAAAUGAGCUCUGCUUGUGUGUAGGAAACAAUCAGGACUUCUUAAAUUUUGGGGCAUAGAGCAGGAUCAAAGACCGGGAGGAGGAAAGUCGCUGGCUGAACUUGCAGCCCACCGGAGGUGCUGGCAAGCAUCCAGGUGGGGGUUAGAAAUUGGUCAUUUGGGCUGGGCACAGUGGCUAACACCUGUAAUCCCAGCGCUUUGGGAGGCCGAGGCGGGGGGAUCAAGAGGUCAGGAGUUCGAGACCAGCCUGGCCACCAUUUCAAAAUGGUAAAACCCUGUCUUUACUAAAAAAAUACAAAAAUUAGUUGGGUGUGAUGGUGGGCACCUGUAAUCCCAGCUACUUGAGAGGCUGAGGCAGGAGAAUUGCUUGAACCCAGGAGGCAGAGGUUGCAGUGAGCCGAGAUCAUGCCACUGCACUCCAGCCUGGGUGACAGAGUGAGACUCCAUCUCAAAAAAAAAAAAAAAAAAAAAGAAAAAGGAAUUGGUCACCUGGAGCUCAGGGCUGGGAUUUGGGCUUCUGGUUGACCUGCCUGUAAGUGAAAAUCAUCACCUCCAUAUUAAAAGGGAUUGCCAGCUGAGAAGGAGCCACCAAGGCAGGAGACCAGGGAGUCCCAGUCAAGAGGUGGCCUGAGGAACAUUUCGAGGAGGGUGCUCAGCAGUAGUGGACAAUGGGGAGACCUCACUGGAGUGCCUGGCACAUAGCAGACACUCAAUAAAUAUUUGUGAGAUGAAUGAAAGAAAAACCAGGAGUAAGAGCAUGAUACAUUCAGGACAAGCAACAUGAAAGAAAUAGCAGUUGAAUUUGGGAGUCAAGAGAAUAACUGAGACCCUUUAAGUGGCAUAAGGGAGAAAAAAAGGAAAAAAAAAAAAGAAUAACUGAGAGAUUGUUGUAUUUGUUCCAGAAAAUGGCUGGAACCAGCUCAUAGGCCAACACUGAGUACUGAUUAUUGACCAUUAGGAAACUCUGCUCCAACCUGCAGGGUGGAUGCUGGAGUGGUGUGAGGUUUAAUGUGCGACUUUUGUGUAGCGGUUACAGCCUAAUGCAAAUGUGGGCCUUUUCCAUUCAAUCUCAACAUCUAGAGAUCACAAAAAUAUCAGUAAUACUGCUAAAUGGCUCACAUAAUUCCAUUACGAAUCACUUUUUUCUUUCUCCAUGGGUUUCUCUUUCCCCUUAGAAAUAAAGAGGAUGUAAUGGGCUCUCUGCCACUGUGACCUUCUCUACAGCUUGCGUCUAAAUGCUUUUUUAAAAACACAGUUAUUUAAAAAGACUUAACUGGCCAGGUGUGCUGGCUCAUGCCUGUAGUCACAGCUACUCAGAAGGCUAAGGCAGAGGUUGCAGUGAGCAGAGAUCAUGCCAGUGCACUCCAGUCCAGCUUGGCGACCAAGCAAGACUCCAUCUCAAAAAAAAAAAAAAAAGCAUUUCCUAUUUUAUUUUUCUUAAAGAAAGAUUGUUUUUCCUUCAUAUCUUUCUGACUUUAAAAAUAUUAUUCUUGGCUGGCUGCUGUGGCUCACGCCUGUAAUCCCAGCACUUUGGGAGGCCAAAGUGGGAGGAUCACUUGAGUCUACAAGUUGGAGACAAGCCUGGGCAAUAUAAUAAGACCCUGUCUCUAUAAAAACAAACAAAAUUACUCUGAAUGGGAGAAGAGGCUGCUGAAGGCCACAGUGGGGAGCAGGAUGCAGACACCCCUGGCACAGUGCUGGCCAGUAGGCACCUCCAGCCUGACUCUAUUUAUCAGAGGCCAGAGGCUGAAGUCCAGAGAGGUUGAGGAGAGAGCACGGCUGGUCCCGGGGCCCUUCCCCCGCCUUGUUCCCAGGGCGCCCCUGACCUUUGAGCCGGCUCAGGCUCUGGCUCCUGCACGGCACGUGCACACUCGCCUCGCCUCUGGACCAACCAGAUCCGCGGCGGCCUCUCUAGUGGUUUGGUCGGCGAGUUCGGGCCAGCGCGCGGCAAUGCUGCGGCUGCUGGCGUCCCGCUGCGCCCGGGACCCGAAGCCCGGCGUGUUUGCACGUCCUGCCGCGGGACUCUGCCACCCAGGGCAUCGCCAGAUCCGCCAGGCUUCUGACGCGCCGCGGAACCAGCCCCCGAGCUCCGAGUUCGUGGCCCGGCCGGUGGGCGUCUGCUCCAUGAUGCGCCUGCCGGUGCAGACCUACCCCGAGGGGCUGGACGCUGCCUUCAUCGGGGUGCCCCUGGAUACUGGGACCUCCAACCGGCCCGGGGCGAGAUUUGGACCUCGCCGCAUCCGGGAAGAAUCAGUGAUGCUUCGGACGGUCAAUCCUAGCACGGGGGCCCUCCCCUUCCAGUCCCUCAUGGUUGCAGACCUUGGCGAUGUGAAUGUCAAUCUUUACAACCUUCAGGACAGCUGCCGGCGAAUUCAAGAGGCCUAUGAGAAAAUUGUAGCAGCUGGCUGUAUUCCCCUGACCUUGGGUGGAGAUCACACAAUCACAUAUCCCAUAUUGCAAGCAAUGGCAAAAAAGCAUGGCCCUGUGGGGCUGCUGCAUGUGGACGCACACACGGACACGGCCGACAAGGCCCUAGGAGAGAAACUCUACCACGGGACGCCCUUCCGCCGGUGUGUGGAGGAGGGUCUCCUGGACUGUAAGCGGGUGGUGCAGAUUGGCAUCCGGGGCUCUUCCAUGACCUUGGAUCCCUACAGAUACAAUCGGAGCCAGGUGAAAGACCGAAUGUCCCCCAACCCUGCCCCCAAAAUGCCUUCCUCUCCCUUUGCUCACUUGGCAACCAGGGAUUCAGCAGGGGCUUUACUAACCAAGUCAGAAAGCAGGGACAAGAGGCUGAGUUUGCGUCAUCAGGGCCACAGGGAGAACAGGGUGAGGGGGCUGACUUACGGGGCACAGGAAGUCUAUUGCUGGGGUGGGGAGACAAGCAGAAACCCACCAACCCCUCAGACGGUGCUGGCUUAGAAAAGAGGGAGGAGGCCGGGCAUGGUGGCUCAUGCGUGUAAUCCCAGCACUUUGGGAGGCCUAGGUGGGUGAAUCACCUGAGGUCAGGAGUUCAAGACCAGACUAGCCAACAUGGUGAAACCCUGUCUUUACUAAAAAUGCAAAAAUUAGCCCAGUGUGGUGGCGUGCACCUGUAAUCCCAGCUACUCGGGAGACUGAGGCAGGAGAAUCACCUGAACCUGGGAGGCGAGAUCGCACCAUUGCACUCCAGCCUGGGCAACAGAGUGAGACUCCAUCUACAAAAAAAAGAAGAGGGGAGGAGGUCUGGACCCAAGAUGAAUUGUCACCUUCUUAGUUCUGGUCCUCAUACCUUCUAGGCAGAAUGGCUCUCAUGUAGACGCGUAUGACAAGACCCCAAGGGGAAAAACCCAAAUCCCUUGCUUCUAGAGUGUGCCAAGGCCAGUCUUCUGGACAAAGCAGUUCAGAAGGUGCUAGUGUGAGCUGCUGAGUUUCCCACUAUGGCUUUAGCAAAGCUUCUCUCUGAUCCCUACUCCAGAGGUCAGCUUUGACCCUGCUUCCUUACCAGUCAUUGUCCUGCCCUUCCUCACCUGUAAAAUGAGGGUGAUAGUACCCUCCUCAUGGAGGUGGAGGGUCAAGUGUGAUAGAGCUGAGCUUGGGGCUGGCAAACAGGAAACGCCCUGUAAAUGCUGCCAGGCAGAAGCCUCAGUCCGUCUCUGCAGGGCUUCCGGGUGGUCCUGGCUGAAGAUUGCUGGAUGAAGUCGCUGGUUCCUCUGAUGGGGGAAGUCAGGCAGCAGAUGGGAGGCAAACCCAUUUAUAUCAGCUUUGAUAUUGAUGCCCUGGAUCCUGCCUAUGCCCCAGGGAC